CGAGAAAUCACGACACACACCCCCUCUAAUCUCAGCUUCUCGUCCAAGAAAAGGAAACAAAAUUGGUGUUAAGAAAAAAAAUAUUAACAAACUCAGAGCUCGACGAUGGCUGUCAGUUGACAGAUGAAGAUUUCAGUUACCAUUUUACCUGUCUUAGUCUCCCCAAAUUGAGCUCUCUUUUUAACCUCCUUAAAAGUUCACAGAAAACAGUGUUCGUAUCUGUUUAUCAAUCGCUCACAUUUUGAUUUAAGCUUUAUUUCCGAUUUCUUUUCGAAUUAAUCAAGAAUUGUAACUUCUGGGUUUCGACCCUCUUUUUCCACUUUCCGAUUUAAUCGAAUUAUGGAGGCUGAUGGAGGAAAAUAUUUGGUGAAAGAAAGUGAUGAGGACUUUUCAAGAAAGGAAGGCUCUGUUGAUUUGUCGCCUCCUUUGGUGCCAAAGGCCCGACAAUCAAGCGAAAUAGUAGCCGAAGAACAAUCGAACAAUGAGCAAAUCCCCAGUCAAGACUUAAUUUUUAAUACAAAACCCGACAAGCCAAUAGUCGAGGGAGAUUGUGUGAUGAUAAACACCCCAAAGAGAGUAAAUUUCUCCCCACUUCCCAGCCCAAACCGAAUAAGAAUAAUCGAUUCUCCUGGCCCUUCCACAUCCCGAGGAAUAUCCACCGUGAAAUAUUUUAUUCCGAAACUGAGCUUCAAAUUCCGGAACACAAAUGCCGAGAUCGAGAAGGCUGCCAUGCUGGCACUCGGGGUUUCCCCUGAAACACAAAGGAAGACUUCAAUUGCUCGGACAUUCUCGCUGAGUAAGAUUUUCACGCAAAAGAUAAAAAGGACUUCGUCUUUACCAGCCACGCCGAUUUUGCACUCGAAUCCGGAAUCUUCUCAUGGAGGGAUUAUUGCCAGCACUUCAUCUGAUUCAGCUGUGAAUAAAUUCGUCAUUAUGCAGAAAGGUGGGCCCAAGCUAUCCAUUCACCGUUCGCAUUCAGUACCCGUUUUCAAUUUAGGCAGUGUAUACCGUAUAAUCCCUUCUACUCGCAAGUCAAUCGAUCAGAAAGUGGACACAUCAAUGCCAAAUGCAACUCACAGUGUCGAAGUACAAUUGUGUCCAGAUGAGAACAAUAAUUUUCCGGAAGACAUACCUCAAGAGGAAGCUGUUUGUAGAAUCUGUUUAGACGAGCUGAGUGAGAACUCGAACACAUUGAAAAUGGAAUGCAGCUGUAAAGGUGAACUUGCAUUGGCCCACCAAGAAUGCGCGAUUAAAUGGUUCAGCAUAAAAGGAAACAGAACUUGUGAUGUCUGCAAGCAAGAGGUUAAGAAUCUGUCGGUCACACUUUUACGGGUCCAAAAUUGCGAAAAUCGAGGAAAUGGGUCACUCCCGGCUGUAAUAGGUCGAUAUAGGGUUUGGCAGGAUGUUCCGAUUCUUGUGAUUGUUAGCAUGCUUGCAUAUUUUUGCUUUUUGGAGCAACUAUUGGUUAAGAGACUUGGAUCGGGUGCAAUUGCAAUAUCGUUGCCCUUUUCGUGCAUUUUAGGUCUACUCGCAUCUAUGACUUCUACUACCAUGGUAAGGAAGAGAUACGCCUGGGUAUAUGCGACUAUUCAGUUUGUGCUGGUCGUUCUUUUUGCUCAUAUUUUUUACUCCGUGCUUCAUGUGCAAGCCGUUCUAUCAGUUCUGUUGGCGACUUUUGCUGGUUUUGGAGGUGUAAUGUGUGGAACUUCAAUUAUUUUCGAGAUUCUCAAGUGGGUCAGAACAUGGAACCUUCCGCCACCUUCCGGAGCCAAUUCUUCUCAGUCUAACAUAGAUUUAGAGGCCGGCAAUGUGGGCCCAACGAAUUCUCAGCCCACUCAAACCGAAGCACGGAACCAAGGUAUUGGCCCUAGUAGCUGAUUCGGGCUUCAAAUGGUACACAUAUUCACAGUUGUACAGAACUAUUUGCUCACACUUCAAAAACUACAUAUUUUUCGGUACAUUGUGUGUUGGCGUGUGAAGAACCCACCAAAUUUGCGAUUCGACAUGGCAAAGAAAGCCAUGUCGAAAUAAUUUGUUGCAUUGUGAAAAAAAAAAUGUUCGUUAUCGAACAGGUGUCUCUUUACUCAGUUGUCUUAACAGAAAAAGUUUGUAGAGAGUGAUUAACUUUGUGUCUGAAUGCUUGUUGUAAGUAGUUUUAGAAUGG